CAUUAUUGCAUGUUAGUUGGCGAGUACAUUCAGUCCGGUAAGGAUGUUUCGAUUCGCAUAUCUCUCUCUCCCGGUUCCCAUCAUUGGUGUGUAACAUGGAUGCCAAAUGUUACAACUGAAGAAGUCUUGAUUUGGAUAAGUUGAAAGGUUCUUCAACUAAAUUAAAUAGACUUGUGCGUUAAAUUACGAUAACAUCGUCUUGGGCUCGAAAAGAUCAUUGCCGACAACUGUGUGUGCAAAAUUCGACGGGAAACCGAAGCAAGAUAAAUAUUGCAACCAAGAGAGGUGUGUUUGGCCGUCAGCGAAAAUUUCAUCGAUUUUUCUCAUACCAGAUGAGUGUUUCGUUUCUGGAGUCUGCUUGGUUUUAGCCUCAAAUCUAUAUCUUGUGAUGGGAUUCACAUUGUGAAUGAUGCGACUGUGAAGACUUGUGGAUAAUCUACGUAAAUGAAUGUGAAUAGGAUCUAACUUCAGGAUGCUAAUUGAAAAAUUCCACGAUGAUGCAGUGACAAUUCCAAAGAUCUAUCUUUAUCGAUAAUCUCUAACCAAAAUCAGCCGAACCAGUUCUAUUUCAACUCAUUUUGCCAAUGUUACCAAAGUAAAAUGCAUCAACUCAGGAAAUGUUCCCGAAGAAAUCUCAUGCUGCUCUUAUCCUUGGUGAUCGGUUACCUGCUGAUAGACUACGCACUGAGCAAUCGAGACUAUGUCGACAACCGUGAAAAGAUAAACUUGAUCGAAGAAUCGAUUCGAUCGCUCGCCAAUCAAGGAGCAUGCAAACUACCGAAUCUUCCAGUGGAUUCACCGGAGAUGCUAAGCUUCCUAAAAGAAGAGCAAUCGAUCGAAUGUGGAGAUGAAAACGAAGAUUGGAUGUCAUGUCAUAAAUCCCUUUGUAUCAUCAAGCCAGACGUAGUGAAAGUGCGCGGAAGGAUUACUUGUGACAUAUCGGACAUUAUUCGGUCCGACGAUUACAAAAUACAGUACAGUAUACCAGUACGAACCACCCACAGCUAUACCCUUAAGCGUAGUGAUUUCGCGCGGGCAAAGUGUUGGACGGAAUCCCGCUAUCGAUGGACUGGUAUAAUUUACGGCAUCCGAGAGGAUCCCGAACUGUCCAGUCGUAGAAGCUGGAGCAAGGAAAAUACUCUAAACGUACUCAUCAUGGGACUCGAUUCGCUUAGUCGAAACGCUUUCAUACGUAAACUACCCAAAACGUAUAAGUACCUGACGCGAUACCUCAAAGCUGAUAUUUUGCAAGGCUACAACAUUGUGGGGGAUGGAACGCCUCAAGCGUUGAUACCAUUGCUGACCGGUUUUACAGAACUGGAGCUACCCGAGACCCGGAAACGCAUGAAGAACUCCGAAUACGUUAACGUCUACCCGAUGGUGUGGGACGAGUACGAACGGUACGGUUAUAUUACGGCCUUCAACGAAGACGUUCCGCAAAUUGGAACGUUCUCGUAUCGAUUGAAUGGGUUCGACACACAACCGACGGAUCAUUACAUGAGAACCUACUAUCUGGCAAUCGAAAGCCAACUGAGCUAUUACAAGAGACUGUGCGCCGGUGCACAGCCUCGCCACAAAGUGAUGCUAGACUAUACCAAAGAGUUUAUGAUAAGUUACCCUAAUAAUCCUCGCUUCGUGUUCAGUUUUCAUGGCGAACUCUCGCACGAUUCGAUCAAUCUGGUCGGAGUUGCCGAUACGGAUCUUACCAACUGGUUGGUGGAGCUCAAACAACUCGGCGUGCUGAAUAGCACAAUACUUAUCUUGAUGUCCGAUCAUGGGAAUCGAUUCGCUGAGGUACGGAACACGCUUCAGGGCAAACAAGAAGAAAGACUGCCGUUUUUUAGCUUUACGUUUCCGGAUUGGUUCAAGCGACAGUACAGCAAGCAGUAUCGAAACUUCAGGAGUAAUUUACGCAGGCUUACAACGCCGUUCGAUGUCCACGAAACGCUUCAAGAUAUUUUAAACCUUCAAACCUUAGGAUCGAAACAACGCCCGACGCAUUCCCGUGCGUUGUCACUGUUCGACGACAUUCCGCAGAAUCGGUCCUGUGCUGAAGCAUACAUUGAACCACACUGGUGCGCCUGCCUUAACUGGGAAACUAUCGAAGAUACCGCCUCGGAGGAGGUAUUCCGAGCAGCGAUGGCGACCGUAGAUUUCAUCAACAAAUACACAGAACGGCACCGAGGGCUCUGUGCGACGCUGAACUUGGAUGAAAUAAAAUGGGCCGCCAAGCUGUCACCGCACGAGGAUCUCGUCAAGUUCAAAAAGAACAAAGAUACGGACGGUUAUCUGGGUGAGUUCAGUUCAAGUGGAACAAAGGUCGCGUAUGAUAUGUACCAGGUCAAACUGGUCACCAAUCCGGGCAAGGCGAUCUUCGAAGCCAGCGUACUGCACGAUGUUACAAGCAACCAGUAUCGAGUCAAGUUGAGCGAUAUAUCGCGGAUCAACAAAUACGGAACUCAGGCAAACUGUAUAUACGACACGGAUCCGGAGAUGAGGAAAUAUUGCUACUGUAAGAAAUAGAUGUUAACUAGAAUUUGUACUUAGCCAGGUGAUGACGAAUCAUCAGGCUGUUUUCUCUCAAGUCAAUGUUAGCUUAAGGAAAAAAAGGUUUUACCUAUGUUCGUAAUAUUUGAAUCUCAAAGAGUCUCAUUAUUAUUUUUUUGGCACUAAGUGCCAUCCAAUCGAACUGAAAUCGUGUUAUUGUUGAAGAUUUUAGUAGAACAUCUAAAUUAUACUGUAGAUGUACCAGUGCAAUACGAAGGGUUUUAGAAGAAGGUUCUUAAUCUCUAUCAAAGAAUAACAAGACGGUAAUGGUACUACCGUUUCAACCAACAAAGUUAACCAGAAACUUUCAAAGACUUUGCUUUCAGAUAUUAUUUAGUGAUGCUGGAUUUCUCGAAAUGUAAAUUUUGCUAAGUAUAAAAUGAAAUCGCCAUGCGAUCGAAUAUAGUGUAAGUUUGUAAGAGCAAUGAUCAAAUAACUUUCGGAUAUUCUGUAUAAAUGUGUGGUAAGAUAAGAUAUAAUCCCUGCGAAUGUCUAUGAAUGUCGAGGAUGAUUCGGCAUUAAUAUGGGGAUGACUUGGCACCAUAACUUAGAUUCAUAAUAGGAAGCGAGUCGCAAUUUAAAUAAAAUAGGUAUCACAUCACCUAAAUCGUUCACGUAUUUCUGUCGCGACGCAUUGGAAUAAAUGCAAAUUAAUUUUGUUGUAUACAUUCUAAUAA